GACAUCUCGGGGAGCCUCCUGUCGCAGAUCAGUGCGCUACCGCCCAACCUGCAGAUCCUGCACGCGUACAGCAGCAGCAUCAGCAGGAUCACCUGCGAGAAGACGCCAUCGCUGCGCUUCCUGGGGCUUGGCCACAGCAGGAUGGACGAGCGGGGGCUGGAGCAG